GACCAUCAAAAACAAUGAUAUAGGCUAUAUCAGAAUCAAGAUCUACAGUGUAAAUGCAGCCUCUUAAUUCAUCAAGUAGUAGAGUAAAAUGUAUAAGUAGAUGUUGAAACACUGGAAAGAAUGAUACAGAGUUUGAGGAAGAUGAGACGUUUAUCUGCCCUUCAUGUGCACUAUUUAAAAAUGCACUGCACUAAAAAAACAAAAGGGGAAAGGUUUAAGAAACUGAUAUAACACGUGUUAAUUUAGAAUACCUAGCCUACCCCAGGGCCAUAGUCUCAUGUUUUUGCAGCAUCUCAUGUUUCUACAUUAACAUUUAUUACAUCUGCUAACACACCACUCUACCACUCUAUUUUACUUGAUGAAUGCUGCUGCCACAUGAACAAAACUUAGUUGUAGGGCCACGGUAGAUAUGUGGGAGAGAGACAUCUCCACUUUUGUCAGUACAAAUAUUUAACAUUCAGAGUUUUGUCUUGGUGCAGACAGCAGGUGUGUGUGCACGCGUGUGUGUGUGCAAAGUGUCUCUAUGACUGAUUGCUCUCUAUCUAGAGAGCAUUGUAAUUUACUUGGUUCAUACACAGCAGUUUUAGAAAAGCCCUUCUUUACAAUGCAUGUCUGUGGUCUGAUUCCGUGUGUUUAUUGGUCGAGUACAGUGACCUCCCUCAGGGGUGUGUUUAGUGUGAAACCAUUUUGCUGUGGUUUUUAAUACUGCACUAGCUGCUUGACUGACAAUUCACCUCCUAAACAUGCAGUAUGAUUGCUCCGGGCUGUUCAGCUCAAAAUUCUGUGCACAGAGGACCAAGGAACUUCAGCUAUGUGCAGACUCACCGACAUACACUUACCUCUGCUUUUGUUUUGCCAGAAUAGACGUAUUAACUAUUGGAUCUUGAGUGCACGAUGUGUGUUUGUUGUAUGUGUAGUUUUAGGUUUGCUGGGCUUGGUGAUUGUCUCUCUACCACUAAAACCACAGACAAACAAACCUCUGGAGUGGCACAUCAGCCCUGAGCAUAAAAAGCUGGUGCAUGAGCAUGCACUCAGGGUCUUGGAGGGGCGGUGUAAUUUUGACAGCACCAGGCAGAGCCUGUUAACUCGACUUCCUGCCUCCAGCCAUCUGACCCAGCCGUUCUUGUGGAAGGAUGUGCCACUCCCUGAUCACCUUUUCCUGUAUCCACCACCGUUCGGGUUCAAAGGCAUCCAGGCCAAAAUAGAGGACCUGCUAAAGCUGCUGAAACAUCCCAGACUUCUGCCAGAAAAGACAUCGCAUAAAUGUCGGCGCUGUGUGGUCAUGGGAAAUGGAGGCAUUCUCAGAGGACUGGGCUUAGGCCACCUGAUAGACCAAUUUGACACCAUUAUCAGGUUAAACAGUGGUCCUGUUGGAGAGUUCAGUGUUGAUGUUGGAAAUCGAACCAGCAUCAGAAUGAGUUACCCAGAAGGCACACCGCUCCACUGGGUGGACACAGAUCCGCAUACUCUUUUUGUCGCUGUGGUGUAUAAAAGUGUGGACAUCAGCUGGAUUGCUGCUAUGAUCAAAAAGCUUACUGUGUCUCUGUGGGACAGGCUCUUCUUCUGGCAGAAGGUUCCACAUCAAAUCCCUCUGGAGCACCAAAGGUUCAGACUUCUAAACCCUCAUGUCAUCAGAGAGACUGCUUUAGAACUACUGAAGUACCCUCCACCCAGACAACGCCUGUGGGGCUGGGACAAGAAUGUGCCCACCCUGGGUGUCUCUGCACUGAACUUAGCCAGUCUGCUGUGUGAUGAGGUCAGCCUGGCAGGCUUUGGCUACAACCUCUCCCAGCAGGGGGCGCCACUGCAUUACUAUGACCAACUGCCCAUGAGUGCCAUGCUGCAGCAGAAUAUGCACAAUGUGGACAGAGAGACUGAACUCCUGCAAAGCCUUGUGAGAGAGGGAGCCAUCACUGACCUGACAGGAGGGAUUGACUGCUCCUUCUGCUCCAGCUGACUUUCAGACACUUGGCUUUUCUGUUGUCAAGUGCUUUUGUGUUUUGUUUUUUUCUACUAAGCUCUUCCUGUUUAACAGCAACUGCAAGACCAAAGAAUAUAGGCACACAAAGAAUGAAGUCAAGGAGAUGGAGAAGAGGAACACAUUGCAUCGAGACUGAAAUCUGGUCUGAUAGUUACAGUAUUUGUCACAAAGAGCUAAUUGAAUAACGAAGGACAGACAAUGACUUGGACAUUAUUUGGCAAUUUGAUUUACAAGGUGGGAGAAAACGUUCUGGAGAAUCUGUAACAACUUCUGGGGAUACUUGCCUUUGCACAUAUUGUCCCUCUGGACAAUCACGAAGGGUGUUUGUUACUGAGUCUUAUUUUUCUCUGUCUUCCAUAAUAGCUGGUCUGUGAAAGAAAAAUGUUACCUUUAUUUUUAAACAAAGUAUUUCUUGUCAUUUUCAGCUGCACUAAAGCCUUUGUCAUUAAAUGGGUUAGGGUUUCAAAGUGUUUUAAUAUAUCAUUUUUUUUUCUGAGCUGGAUCUUUACAUUUCAUCCAUUUCAGUUGUCACAAAUGUUAAUUGCGGGUUUUGUUAAUUUGAAAAACAAAUCAGAUGCAAAAACUGAAUUGUUAAUUUUGUCUAUCACUGUUCAACCACAAAUUUAAAUGAAAUGUAGACUUGGAUUUAAUGGACACUGGAUUGUCUGUCUGUGGCCAACAGUCUGUUGUUAGAUUUUAAACUUUGAGUUAACAUAAACUAAGAGAAAGAUAAGUUACAUGAUGCGCUGUUUGCUUUAUAUGUUUGAAGAUUGUUAUCAGUUUUAAGGUAUUGUUCCUUUGUUAUGAUACUGACAUGUUCUAAGAGCACACACUGAAUACACCAUUACACAAUGA